AAAUGAAGACUCAGCACUUUGUGCCAUCUCAACCGAUUUCUUCACAACCAUCUCAAUCAUACUAUAGGCCACAACCACCAGGAACCUCUCAAAUUAUACAAGAUACGAAUAUGAGUAGAUUUAUACAAUGGCUUACUGGAGAGAUUCCAGAAUUUGUUCCUGUUCCUAAGCCCGAUUUACCCCCAAAACCAGUAAUAAAGAAAGUAUUGCAAAGCAAUAACCCACAGGGUCUUGAAGUUACUGAUAAUGAUCCUGUAGAAGAUAUGCGUAAACAAUUAAAAAACCUCCAAAUCAAUCUGACUAAAAUAAAUAAAGCUAUGAAAAAGAAUUCUAGCAAGCCUAAAUCUUCUUGUCGCAAGACCAAAACCAAAUCUAGAACCCAAAAAAAGAAAUCGAGUCGAUCAAAAUAUGUUAAUGCCCAUAUAAUUUCAGAUGAAUCAUCUUCAAACUCUAGCGAUAGUGAAAAUAGUACAAUAUCUAGUAAAAAUGAACUUGAAACCAAUACCUUAGCACACUCAUGCAAUGAAUCAGAAUCUGAUUCCCUAGGACCAAGAUCAAAGAAGCACAAAAGUGUCAGGCCAGAACCUGAAAGGUCAUUGCGAAGCAAUAAAACUUCUAGCAAAAAAUCUAGUAAUGUCUCUGAUAAAAAGGGUAGUAAAAAUAGACCCAAAGGGUCAUUGCUUCGUAAUACUAGGUCACUUAAAAUUCCUACAGAUAAUAUUAGCCUAAAUGCAUUUUUUGCUAUUUUACGGUCAAUGGUUGAUUCAUUUACUCGUACACAACCUAAAGAAGUCUCAAUUAAUAGUCAUAAUAUGAUUAAUACCGAAUUCAUUGCACUAAAAGAUCCUGUUCUAAAUCAUUUUACUUCAAAUUUCUCAGACAAAGAACGAGAAAAGUUCUGGCAUGAGAUUACUAUGAUAUUCUCUCACAUCUUGCAACCAAUAUCAGAUCUAAUUCGAAUUGCUUCCCAGCAAACAGCUCCAGAAGAGAUGCAACCAGAAGCAGAAAUUUCAUGGCCAAAUCCUAUAGAAAUUAAUUUUAUUUGUAAAAUUAUUCCUAAUGAUGUUGCAACUAUUACUUGCCAAAUUACUUCACCAUCAGGAAAAAAUAUUCAAGUACCUGGUGCGUUAAUAGAUAGUGAAGCAAACUGCUCUCUUAAAUCAAAAGGUCUUGCAAAACUAUUAGGAAUGAAUAUUGACAAAAAUAAAAAACCUUCAGUAAAAUGGCGUAAUAAUUCUUUAGAAUCCAUUGGAACUUGUUAUAAUGUACUAAUUACUUUUGGCUAUGGAGAUAAUAGUUAUACAAUUACAGAAGACUUUCCAGUAAUGGACGAUGAUAAACCUUGGAUAUUAUUAGGCACUCCUUUGCUUGAUCGUGCUGGAUGGGAGCCUAUUGUUAAGCGUGAAUUCAAGUUAAUACAUAAAGGUAAAGUAAUUACUAUACCUCUUUCAGUACAUAAGUCCCAGAGAGAAAUAUUUAAACCAGAAAUCAACUUGACUUUUCACAAGCAUGAUUCAGUUCAAGUAUCUACUGAUGGCACAAAGUGCCGAAUCUCUGAUUCCUCUUCUA